AUGUGAAAUAGAAGAUUGCAACAUAGCAGUCGGUAAGGGAGGAUCUGUGAACCAACCAGCAGGAGAGAAAAGUCAGCAUUAAAGUUUACUGUGACUCAGUUCAGCGGAAGUGAGCUCUGGUACAGUGUUACUGCGGUGAACAGGUAUCACUUUUUUACAUGGUUCUUGUGUGACUCCUUAAUUUGAAGUGGUUUGGACAGCGGGGAUAAAAGUUUUUUCUUGUAAGAAGAGCAACAACAUGUCAAGCCUCCGACCCAGACUGUGUGUGCUGGAGAAAGGACCCAACGGGUACGGGUUCCACCUGCACGGAGAGAAGGGCAAGACCGGGCAGUUCAUCCGGCUCGUAGAGCCCGACACCCCCGCCUUCAGAGCCGGGCUUCUAGCCGGCGACCGACUGGUGUUCGUGAACGGGGAGACCGUGGAGGGCGAGAGCCACCAGCAAGUGGUGGCCAGGAUACGGGCCACCGUCGGGGCUUUAGAGCUUAUCGUGGUGGACGCCGAGACGACCGAGCUGCUGAAGAAACACAAUCUGCAGUGCCGGAAAGAGUUCGUCACGGAGGGGAUUCCCGUUCCCGGCGGCGAGGACAGCGACUCGGACCGCGGGGACACACAGAGCAACGGCACCCCGAGGGAGUCCAGCCCUGGCCCGCGCGAGAACGGGGAUACUUCCUCGGAGAGGUCAGAGAGGCUGAGUGUCAGCUCCAGCACUAAGGAUGAGAGAGGCGGGCUGCGGCCUCGUCUCUACCACCUGAAGAAGGGAACCAGCGGCUACGGCUUCAACCUGCACAGCGAGAAGUCGAGACCGGGCCAGUUCAUCCGAGCUGUGGACGAAGACUCUCCGGCUCAGAGAGCUGGACUCAGACCACAGGACAAGAUCGUCCAGGUUAACGGUGUGUCAGUGAUCGGGAUGCUGCACUCAGAGGUGGUCGCAGCCAUCAAGGCCGGAGGAGACCAGACCAGACUUCUGGUGGUCGACACCGAGACUGACGACUUCUUCAAGAGAUGCAACGUCCUGCCCACUGAGGAACACAUCACCGGACCUCUUCCUGAACCAGCAUCGGAGAGAGCAUCAGAGGGUGAAGAGGCGUCAGCAGAGAUGAAGCCUCAUGUGUCGGUGAGCUCGUCAGCCUCCAGCGCCUCCUCCAACGCCUCCCUGCCAGCAGCAGCUCCCAGCUCCCCUCCUGCAGAGGUACUGUCUGCAGCCACACCGCAACAACACGGAAGCACUGUUACUUUCUGUUUCCCUCAGCAAAACGUUCGGUUUCUGAACAGCAGACGUGGUGAAAGAUGAGCAUACUUCUGUGAAUUUCUUCUAAGUAACCCUGGUUUCAUGUAAUGGAACAUAAUGUGAGAUUUCAAGAGCAAAGCUGAGAUUCUUUGAAAUAAAAACACAAUGUUACGUAAUAUUUCAAGAGAAGCUUUAAGAAAUAAUACAACUUUUUAAAAGCUAAAAUAUUCAGAUUGUUUUCUCAGAUUGUUUGUAUGUAAGUAAAUCUGAACAUCAGACUCUUAAGUCUGACUCACACUAAAAGAUUUUUAAAAAUGUGAGAGAGCACACACACGACGACAGAUAACGACAGAUUUCACACCACACACUAACAGAUUCACCAACAACCAGAGUCUGGACUCUCAAAACUCCAAAACUUGCGCAGUCAAAUGCGACUUUAGAGUAAACAAACAUGGCGGACGACGGCGUCACUUGUUUGUUGGGAUUUUCUCCGAUCGUCUUCAGAGCAGAUCAGGGGAGGUAAACUCAGUCUGAACACACCUCACACCACAGGACAAUCUGACCAGAUCAUCUUUACAACCAUCAGAUAAUCAGGCAUCUUUGAUCGCGGGGGGUUUAUUAUUAUCUUUAUUGAUUAUUAUUAAGUCCUCAGGCCCAGAUUAAUGCACAGUCUGUGUUUGUGUGUCCAGGUUGAGCAGGGAGCCGGCUCCAGCAGCUGACAGCCUGGGUCUGGGUCUGUCACUGGCUCAGGCCAGAGAACGAGCCCAUAAGAAACGAGCCGCCAAGAAAGCUCCGCCCAUGGACUGGAGCAAGAGGAACGAACUGUUCAGCAACUUGUAAACAUCAUCAUCAUCAUCAUCAUCAUCAUCAUCAUCAGUUGUGUCUCGUCCAGACUCGUCUGUCCCGCCCUCCAGUGGAGGACCCACAGAGAUAAUCAGCCUCUGCUCUCCUCGUGUCUGGAUUCGGUUUUUAACUUUAUCACACUGCGAAUGAAAGACACCGUGUUCAUCUAGAAUGUUUUAAACUCCCAUGUUAAACAGUAUUAUUAUGAUUUUAUUGUUUUAAUUUAGGGUUUUGCCACUUAUGAGAUGUCAGUGUCACACACAGGAAUGAAUGUUAAUAUGUGAAGAGAGAGGAGGAAUAGUAAUGUACAGUUUCUCAUAUGAAAAGGACCACGUCAGGAAUAAUGGGACACAGGGAAAAAUAAAUUAUUGACAGAUUUUGAGCGAAAGAUUUUAAAGCUACAGUUUAAUGAAUGUCACACGUCGGUGUCUGCAAUCAGUGACUAGAAUGAAAGAAUAUAUAUUUUCUUUACUCGGUAUCUGUGAAUGAGCUGCGCUGAGAAACUGCUGAGCCCUCACUGCCAAGAGAAGCAUUCCUCGACAAUCUGUUUUCCUGUCAGAGCAGUGUUAGAACAGCAACAGUAUGUUAAAGUCGAACGACGGCUGAAGGGACCGUGUAGUUUUUUAGGAUCAUGAAAGCUCGGGUAGCCUUGGAAACAACCCUCCAUGUUUCUGUCAUCACAAUGUUUGAUUCAAUAAAAUUAUUUUUUCAUGUCGCUCUUAGAUUUGUACAUACAUGAAUAAAUGAUUUAAGAGAAAAUUUAUUUUGACUGACUCGAGAGAAGUGAAGCUCCUCAGUAUGUUGAAUUGAUUCUGCUGAAAUUUCUGGAAUUUAAAGCUGCAUCAUCCACACCUGAGACAGGCAGGUGUGCUGGUGUUGAUGCUCUGCUGUAGAAUGUACUGAUGAGCACUGACAAAUAUAACAUCUGGAUCAAACUGAA